GACGCCCAGCAUCUGAGCAUCAAGCAAAUCAUUUAUAUCUGCCAAAGCAGUUAUUUCUACGACAGAAUCCCCCAUUUGGUUUUUGCUCCAUCAUCCGGCAACAUCACAUCACACAAACUGUGCUAUACGUUUAGCAUUUGAUAGAAUUCAGACGAUCGACAUGCCGCUCGCCCUCCAGCUGCGGCUUCCACUGCCACGUGUCCUCGUCGUCCAGCGGUGCAGGUGCAGGCUGCCCCCCUCACGCCUCUCUGUAAGGGCAGAAGCGGCGGCCGGGGUGGCAGUGGCGGCAGCGGCGGCGCCAUCGUCAGUCGUUCAUGAUGAACUGUGCAUGCUACCCUUCUCGCCGGAGCUCGCUUCCCACCACCGUGAGCUCGCCGCUGCUGUCGCCUCCGUCGAGCGAGCCUGCCGCCUAUGUGUCGAUGUGAAGGCAUCGCUGCUUUCAGGUGACAGGAAGUUUCUUGAAAAGAAUGACGAAACUCCUGUAACAAUUGCUGAUUUUGGUGUUCAGGCCCUUAUUAGCUUUGAGCUACAGCAAUUGUUUCCAUCAAUACCUCUGGUGGCAGAAGAGGACUCGGCAUGCCUACGGUCGUUGAAUGCUGAUGAAAGCAAUAGUAAUGAACUUGUUGAGUCAAUUUCAAGUUUUGUUGCAGAAAGAGUCAGUAACAGUGGUUCACCAUUAAGUCAUGCUGAUGUGUUGAGCGCAAUUGAUAGAGGAGGCAAGGAUGCUGUCUCCUUCGAUCCAAAUCCCGCUACUUAUUGGGUGCUUGACCCGAUCGAUGGUACUAAGAGUUUCUUGAAAGGAGCAGAUGAUUCCCUGUAUGUGGUGGGCUUGGCUCUUGUGGUGGAUGGAAAGUUAGCAGUAGGAGUCAUGGGAUGUCCGAAUUGGACUGAUGGCAUCACAGACAAAAACAAUGAUGAAUCCCUUGCAGCCCCUCCUGGUCGUGGUAUCCUUAUGGUGUCUCAUGUAGGCUGUGGCACUUGGUCUAGGCCCUUGUCUUCUGAGAUUGACCAGUUCACUACAGCACUGGAUGCUUGGAAGAGAUGCUUUGUUGAUCCCUGUUCAAUUGCACACAUGGCACGCUACUGCAUUGUUGAUAGCCAUACAUGGGAUAUGAUGCCACUGUCUCUCUACUUCAAUUCAACAAUGGAUCAAUCUGAUCCCAGAGAUGAGAAUAGAAUUCUUCUCCAAAAUUCUUGUGGUGGCAGCUUGUCCAAGUAUCUCAUGGUGGCCUCCGGGAGAAUGUCAGUUUUUAUCCUCCUAGCACGAGCCGAAAAACAAAUCAAGGCUUGGGACCAUGCAGUUGGGGUAAUUUGUGUUCAGGAAGCUGGAGGGCAGACAUGUGACUGGAGAGGGGAACCUUUGGAUUUUGCUGCUGACCAGACAGGGCGCAGAAUCAUCUACCCUUGGGGUGGUGUUCUGGCUACAAACUGUGCUCUUCAUGACGAGCUUGUAGAAAUGAUCACAGCAACUUAUAAUUAGCAGUGUCGCAUUGCUUUGGACCCAAACACAGUUAUGAUUUUUUACUAAAAUUUUAGCUAGGUGAUACCGCUAGACCAUCAGAUUGUAUUCCUUCUCCCCGUUGAAAGAAAAAACCACAAACAUGUCUGAUUAUUACUUCCAGUGUCAUUACGAAAAAGAUAUAUACAUGAUGGAAACUGAUGCUGUCCCUGAAUGGUGCCUCAACAGCUUCAGAGACACUGCUUUGAAUGAAGUCUACUUUUUGCGCUUU